AUGUCACCCCACAACGGUGGAAGCAACCAAAUUAACAACUUCGAGAUCGUCGUUGAGGAUUUUUUCAUGGAGGCUGUCCUAGGCAGUGGUACAAUCGAAAUUCCUCCCAGAGACUACUUGCCGAAACCAAUCGAAAACAUGGAUGUGCAUGAAGGUCUGGAAACGGGCUAUACUGGGCUGGGAGAAAUUGGACUCAAUGACACAAUUUUCGAAACUAUAAACGACAAUGCCAGUUUCUUCAAUAUGUCAUUUAAUCCGCCACUCGUUCCCAAGGAGAGAUACCACCAGGCAUGCUGCGAUACACUUUACAAAGAGCAUUGCGAUAUUUCCACCAUCUUUAUAGACCUCACCUUGGCGUCCUUUAAGAAUGUGGCAGAACCACGCCUCACUUUGGCAGACGAUAUAAGUCAAGCAGUGUCAGAAAUGCCGACUCCCAAAAGCUGUUUGCAGGAGUCACACCCAUCAAAAACUCCUCCACUGCCUUUUCACAACCCCAGCUCGCCAACUCGCCCAACAUGUGGUCCAGCACCUCCAACCACUCCUCCCAAAAAGAUUGGUCAUCAACCAAGAAAUUCCUCUCGAGGAAAUUCUCCGCAUCGUCCUCAACAUGGUGAAUGCGGUCGAGAGAAUCCGCACGUUGGCUCUGAAAGCCGAAUCACAAAGAAAUACAAAAACCCGCUUACCGCAUCGCUUAAACAGUUUACGAGGGAACUGAUCGAAGGUCCCGACGCAUUGAAAAAUGGGUUGUGCAUAACACAGGAAGCCAUGCCCGUCAAGCGCAUGAGCUAUGUUAAACUUUUAGAGAAAGAGAGCAAGAGUUUUGCACUAAGAAUUUGA